AACGAGAGGGGGAGGGAACCUUCAGCUCUGGGCAAGUACAAACAUAUCCAAAGGAACGGGACUACUAGCAAUGCCAUUCAGUGGCUAAAAACUGAACAAUUUAUGAUGAAUCGGAAUUAAGAUUUAAGAGGGAACAUAACUGUAGUUUCAGAACAAAAGCGAACCGGGAACGUAAGUUAAAAAAAACAACUGCAAAACAGCUACUAAGUCUAAAUUUAUUGCCGUCGUCGGCAACAAAGACAGAGACGGAGUACGUUUCCCAUCAGCGAUCUGUUUUACAUCUGGGAGAGCCGUCCAAUGAAUCCAGAUGUUUCGAGCGCUAAAAGAAACUGGAAACGAAUGAAAGCUGAUACAGACUUUUGAAGGAAAAGACGAUAUCGUCCACUCUUGCACAAAAAGAAGCUGUACAACUGUUCUAGAAAGAUGAACCCACAGAAAGUGAUGAAAGAGGGGUUUUUGGAGAAAAGAAGCAAUGGUCUGUUGCAGCUAUGGAAGAAAAAACAAUGCGUCUUGACUGAAGAUGGACUCCGUUUGUAUGAAUGGAAACGCAGCGGCAGCAGCGCGUCUGGCUAUGGCUCCAAAGCUAAGGAGCUACGUUUUGAACGGAUGGCCACUGUGGACUGUGUCGAGUACAAGCGAGGACUGGUCUACUUCACUGUUGUCAUGGCAGGAGGAAAAGAGAUAGAUUUCAGGUGUCAGCAGGAAGGAACAGCUUGGAACGCGGAGAUAGCCCUCGCAUUGGUGCGAUUUAAAAAUCUCCUCGCCGUCCAGACGGGAAGGACUAGGCAUCUGUCACAUCUGGGAAGCACCGGGGAAGGCGAGGCGCCCGAUGAAUGAAGAAGUUAUUUGUAGAAGACUUUUCCCACCCUGGACCUGGGAGAGUAUCUGGCUACAUAAGAGCAUGGACAGAGGAGAAGAAGAGGGAUUUAAGGAAUAUUCAGCUGAUCCACACGGUAUAUCAAAUUUCCUUGCUGCUGGUUCUGAAGACUUGACACUAAAACACAGCAGCGGAGUCUUGCCCAGGACCUGCUUGUUUGUUUCAAUGUCCGUUCACACCCCGCGCUGCCCGGAAUUGACCGUUAAUGUAAAAUUCCUUUGAGCUCCGAGGAGGGGGCGGAGCCGAAUUCCACCGGUCUUCCGUCACAAUGUAGGCUUGGAGGGCUCCCAGCACGUGCUGCCGGAAGAGACGAGGGAGCCUAUGGGGUGGAAUAGGGGCUGUUGACUAUUGUCUGCUUUCUACAGUUAAACAGUAUUUUAGCUACAGAUGUGAGCUAAUUUGCUUAGCAUACAGGAGAAUGUGCUUACGUUGUAUUCUGGUACCAUUGCGAGUAAAAGGACAUGGUAUCUCUGUGUUAAUUCCAAAGUAUUAUAUUUCAUUUAAAUAAAAGCUUGAGGCUGUACUGUA